GUACUACAUAUGUAGUGUCUUGAAUUCUACCUUCUAGUAAUGAAAGCCGUUUUCGCUCUGCUCUUAUAUGUCAUAGUUGCAGUACAUUUCAUUCAUGCAAAGGCGACACCUAAGCAGUCACGAGCAGAGAUUGACUUUGCCCAACCAUUAAAAAUGGCAGGAGAUGCUCGCAGUACAAGAUCAAAACGAGCCCACUGCAUCCCAAAUCCAAUAUGCGUGCGGCGUGGAAAAGUAGUCCACUGUACUGUGAAAGUGUGCUAAACAUCGCACCAAUACGAUUUGUCAGCGGUUGUCUGAAGCUACAACAUCAAGUUCUUCAUUAGUCUGGGAUCACUAUUAUUUGGCCUAGGAAUAUUUUUUUAUAAUUGGAAAAGCGUAUCAAAAAACGCAUAGCUUGGAACUUUUUAUGAUUCUGUGUUGCUCAUGAGCACCUAAACUCACUCUCACUUUCCCCCCUUGACGAAUUUUUCCACAGAUGUCGAGAACACUUGUAAACAGUUUUUUAUUUUGUAAUUGUCAGGAAAUUGGCUUUUUCGUC